GAGACUUCCCUUACGGUCCUCGGCAUGGGGGAGCCCGAGAUUCUGGUGCCCGAUUCGGGUGCUGUGUUUACAUUUGGAAAAACUAAAUUUGCUGAAAACAUGCCCAGUAAAUUCUGGUUUAAACAUGACAUACCUACAUAUCUCUCAUGUGGAGAUGAACAUACUGCUAUUGUUACAGGAAAUAAUAAAUUGUACAUGUUUGGCAGUAACAACUGGGGUCAGUUAGGAUUAGGAUCAAAGUCAACCAUCAGCAAGCCAACAUGUGUCAAAGCUCUUAAACCUGAAAAAGUAAAACUUGCUGCCUGUGGAAGGAACCACACCCUAGUUUCAACAGAAGGAGGCAGUGUAUAUGCAGCUGGAGGAAAUAAUGAAGGGCAAUUGGGACUUGGUGACACUGAAGAGAGAAACACCUUUCAUCGAAUUAGCUUUUUUACAUCCCAGCAUAAUAUUAAACAGCUUUCUGCUGGAUCUAACACGUCAGCUGCCCUAACUGAGGAUGGAAUACUUUUUAUGUGGGGUGACAAUUCUGAAGGGCAAAUUGGUUUAAAAAAUAUGAGUAAUGUGUGUGUGCCUCAUCAAGUGACCAUUGGGAAACCAAUCUCCUGGAUCUCUUGUGGAUAUUACCAUUCAGCUUUUGUAACAAUGGAUGGUGAACUGUACACAUUUGGAGAACCUGAGAAUGGAAAGUUAGGUCUUCCCAGUCAGAUGCUAAUCAAUCACAGAAUACCCCAGCUGGUGGAUAAAAUUCCUGAGAAGGUGAUCCAAGUAGCUUGUGGUGGAGGGCAUACUGUAGUUCUCACAGAGAAAACUGUGUAUACCUUUGGGCUAGGGCAGUUUGGUCAGUUGGGCCUUGGCACAUUUCUUUUUGAAACUUCAGAACCCAAAGUCAUUGCAAAUAUGAAGGACCAGAGAGUAAGUGAUAUUGCCUGUGGAGAAAAUCACACAGCUUUGAUAACAGAUGUAGGCCUUAUGUAUACUUUUGGAGAUGGCCGACAUGGAAAAUUAGGACUUGGACUGGAGAAUUUUACCAAUCAAUUCUUUCCAACUUUGUGCUCUAAUUUUUUGAAAUUUACAGUUCAUUUGGUUGCCUGUGGUGGAUGUCACAUGCUAGUUUUUGCCACUCCACGGCUCAAUAUAUCAGGAGAAGUUGAAUUCGAUGAAAUAAGUGAUUCUUCCUCACCUGCAGCCAGUUCUCUGUCCACCACUGAUCUGACCUCAGGAAAUUUACUGCAUAGAACUUUAUCAGCACGUCUGCGGCGAAGAGAGCGGGAGAAAUCCCCAGAAUCUAUUCACAUGGUUCGAACACUACCUCCAUUAGAGGAGACUGCCUCCAUACCUAAUUUUUGCCCUUCUUCAAUCUCUUGCCCUGUGCCUAUGAAUUACCUCUCAGAGAAAUGCACCUCUGACUUCAUGGAGCCACUGGAUCCAGACUUUCUUCAAGAUAACAUGACCAAAGAGAAAGAGACAGAAAAUUCUUCAGCAGCAGAUUCAGAAAGCCUUGAAGAAACUAAUGAUAUCUUAAAUAUGACACAUAUGAUGAACCUGAAUUCUGAUGACAAGUCAUUAACAUUUUCGCCAAUUCAAAAACAAAAGAAACAAGAAGCAGUUGACCAAUUGAUUCAGCAUGCAGCUUGUACUGAAAAUGAUGAUGAUAGUAAUGAAUAUGAAUAUGAAGAGGUAUCAAAAAUGAAAGAAGGGAAAUCAUAUAAGGAACAGGUAGAUGAAGGGAUCUUCAUGAUGCAAGCAGCUGAGACUGUGGAAACGUUUACAGAUGAGGAAGUAGAUAAUGACUCAGACCAGGAGGAGGCCAACAUCAAUGAAGAGGGCUUGCAAAAAGAGAUAUUUAGACAUGAGAGUAAAAGUGAGGUUGAUGAACUUGAUACUAAGGACACAGAAAAGGAAAGUGAUGGAGAAGAAAUAGUGUCUGAGAAGAAAACUGAGCUGAUGGAAAUGGCAGGUCUGAAAGAUAUACAAGAAAGAAAAGAGAAUAUAGAAUGUUUACCAUAUGAUACAUUCUUUGAUGAGUUACCAGAAAAAGAUGUGAAUUUUGAGGAUGAAGACAACAAAGGCUUUACUCAGGAAAGGAAAAGUAGGCAGCAAGAUAUGAUCUUUGACCCUGAAAGAGAAUUGAUAGAGGAGCCAGACAGUUACAUGGAAUGUGAAAGCCAGAGACAGAUGGGUACAGCCGACAUAUUGGAUCAGCCUGAGUCAAUAGAAUUUGAUAGUGAAGAGAAAGAGGAUGAACUGGAAACUGAUCAUCACAUGUGGUUCAGCAGAAAAUAUGUCGAACAAGGACUCGAGACUGAACCCAGAGUAUCCAGAUUCAUGACAAAAUAUGAUUUUAAGUGUGACCACUUGUCAGAGAUACCAGAGGAGCAGGAAGGAACAGAGGAUUCAGAAGGAAGUGGAAUAGAGGAGCAAGUGGUAGAGGCACAUAAGGAAAAUGUGGAGGUGGAAGGAGAAACAAAGGAGGAGGAAGCAGGAACCCUGACAGAUGACCUUUCAGACAGAGCAGAGGUGAGUGAAGGCAAGGGAGAGGCGGAGGAUGGGACUGAAGGUGAAAGGAACCAAAUCUGUGAGGAGGGUAGUUCAGAAGUGGAACAAUGGCAUGGGAAGGAGGAAGGGGAGAAAGAUGGAGGAAGAGGAAAAAUGGAGAGUCUGGAUAAGGAAGGCAAGUACCUAAAAGAGGAGGAGGAGUGGGAGAAAAGAGAUGAGGUAAAACAGAAGAAAAAGGAGGGGGACAAAGGCCACCAGGAAGAAAGAAACCAAGAGAUGGAGGAUGGAGAAGGGGAGGAGCAAGAAGAGGAGGAGGAAAGAGAGGAGGAGCAAGGAGAACAGGAGGAAAGGGAGGAGGAGCAAGGAGCGCAGGAGGAAAGGGAGGAGGAGCAAGCAGAGCAGGAGGAGGGGCAAGGAGAGGAAGAAGAGGAGGAUGGGAAGAAGAAAAAGGGAGAGGGAAAAGAAAGAGCAGAAGAGGAAGGAGAAAGUGAAGAGGAAGGAAAAGGGGGAAAGGAGAAAGAAGAUGGAGAAAAGAAUGGAGGGGAGGAAAGAUUUAGAGAAAAAGAGAAAGAGGAAGGGAAGGAAGAGGAAGGAGAUGGGGAAACAGAGGAAGGAGAGAGGGUAGAGAAAGAAAGAAAGGGAAAAGAGGAAGAAGAUGAAGAGGAAGGAGAGGGCAAAGAAGGAGAAGAGGAAGAGGAAAAUGAAGGAGAGGGAGAAGAGGAACAAGGUGAAGAGGAAGGAGAAGGGGAAAGUGAGGGAAAUGGGGAAGAGGAAGAAGGAGAGGGGGAAGAGGAACAAGGGGAAGAGGAAGGAAAAGAGGAAAAUGGGGAAGAAGAGGAGCAAGGUAAAGAGGAAAGAGAAGGGGAAGAUGAGGAAGGAGAGGGAGAAGAGGAAAAGGAGGAAGGAGAGGGGGAAGACGAGGAAGGAGAGGGGGAAGAGGAGGAGGAAGAGGAGGGAGAGGGGGAAGAUGAGGAGGAAGAGGAAGGAGAGGGGGAAGAGGAGGAAGAAGAGGAAGGAGAGGGGGAAGAGGAAGAAGAUGAAGGAGAGAGGGAAGAAGAGGAAGGAGAGGAGGAAAAUGAAGGAGAGGGGGAGAGUGAGGAAGGAGAUGGGGAAGAGGAAGAAGGAGAAGGGGAAAAUGAAGGAGAGGAGGAAGAAGAGGAAAACGAAGGAAAGGGGGAAGAAGAAGAAGAAGAAAGGGAAGGAGAGGGAGAAGAGGAAGGGGAGAAUAGGAAAAAGAAGGAGAGGGAAGGGGAGGAGGAAGAAGAGGUAGACAAUGAGGAAGAAGAGGGGAAAUACCAGGAAAUGGGUGAAAAAGAGAAGGAAAGUCAGGGUAACAGAAAAGAGUCCAAAAAAGAGAGCAAAAUAAAAGGAUCUAUGAAAUGUGACAGACAUAGAACAUAUCAAAAAAAGUCUGUUACUAACUCACAGGGAAAGGGGAAAGAGCAGAGGUUCAAAAGGCCAGUGCAGUCAAAACAACUUUUAGAGAAUGGGCCACCAGGUUCCAAAAAAUUCUGGAAUAAUGUAUUACCACAUUAUUUGGAAUUAAAGUAA